UACAGCAGGCUUAUCAACAACAAGAGGUAUUUCAACAAACAAACCAACAUUUACAGUCUUCUAGCAUGCCAGAGUCAUAUUCGUAUGCCUCCUUUCAGACACCACGCGUCGAUAGCAACUCGUUCGAUACCGAAAAUGGAGAGCAAACGGCUAACUCAAAUAAUACAAACAACUCUUCCUCAAACGGUAUUGUGGCUGAAAACCACGCAAAUUCCGUUCAUCGAGACAAAACUGUCCCUCUUCCGGAUGGUUAUCAACAUACCCCUGGUCUAGUUCACUCCUCUUUUGUCAAAAGAAGACUAUCCACUCCGAUCGAGGUUGAGCAACACGACAGCAACCACGUUGCACACAGAGCUCGUUCACAAACCUUACCAUUAUAUCAGACAAGCUCGUACCAGCAACAUAUCCCUACCCAUUUAAAUGAUAUGAAUUCUGGUCGUUUUGCACCAGCCCCAUAUCCUGCUACUAACUCCUUCCUAACUUCACCAAUGUCUGUGGAUCGCCGAACUAAAUUCGAAGAGGCUCCAAUGCCGCGAACGGGUACUCCAGCUAUCGACCCCGCAUUUACUCACGACCCAGCUAUGAAAAUCCAUCCGCCACCUAACACCAUGGGUUAUUACGGUUCCCCUCAAGUCAAUUACGACCGUAGCUUGCACGCUAACGCGAUAACAGGUACAAUACCAACGCCUCAAGACUAUCCAAUGACGCUAGCAGGCAGGUUUCCCAGUAGCAACAUUGGUGGGCUGCCGUCGAAUGGUGUUGCAAAUAAACCUCAAAACCAGGGACCCACACGACCACCGCCGGUGCCUGCUCCUGCAACAAUGAUGACUACUUUCAGUUCCAAGACGGUCUCUUCAACCCCUAAACGUUACAAAUGCAAUACUUGUCAGAAGCGUUUUACUCGUCCAAGUUCUUUACAGACACACAUGUAUAGUCACACUGGAGAGAAGCCGUUCAAAUGUCCGUUUGAUGGAUGUGGUCGUCACUUCUCAGUUGUUAGCAACCUUCGUCGUCAUCAGAAAAUCCAUGCAGCGCCUUCGUAA